CAGGCCCUCGAUAAUGGCUGCAAAAAUAUACGGGAAUACAGAAAAAGUACACAAGUAUAAAAGACUGUCCCGGGUGCAGAGCAACUUCAGUUGAACGACGAGUACCGAACCGAUCGCAGGAAACGCAGAAUCGUGAAGUGUUUUCUAGAGAAAAAAUCAAAUCGUAUUCGGAAGAUAAAAGUGACAUCAUGUGCAAAAGUGUGUUGAUUAGUUGGGCCUUUUUGGCUGUGAUUUCGGCUGUCUUGGCCCAAACAACUCCUCAGACUUGUCUUCAGGCCACCAGUUUGGAUUUCAACAAUGCCGCAUUCAAUGGAUCAUGGUUCGAGGUGGCCCGCAAUCCCGCCCCAUCGGUGGGUUGCAUUUCCUUGGACGUGAAUGUUCAGUCUGGCUAUGUCCAGGUCAAUGUCAGUCACUCCAUUAGUACUACCAACCUAAAGACCGAACCCCGUGAAACUGCGAAUAUCACUCUGACUGCCGGCAGUACCGCCGGUUACAAUGUGUCCUUUUUGGAGGGCCAAGAUACGUCUUAUAAGUUUGUUAAGGUGCUGCAACUCAUCAACAAUACUUAUCUGGUUGGCUGCAGCUACACGAAUGCUAGCGAUGCUUCGACUAGUGCAGGAUUCAUUCUGGCCAAGCUCGGCUAUAACUACACUCUUACCGAGAAAGUCAAUAACGAUGCUGCUUCGCUUUACACCAAUUUCCAGAGUGGUACUGUCAACAACGUCACCCAGACUGGGUGCUUUUCCAACUCCGCAGGACAGACUCUGCCCAUGAUUACCCUCUUCCUGACCAUCGCUCUGCUGUUGAUAAAGGCCUAAAAGGGAUAGGAUCGACUUCCUGCAAUUCCUAGCCAUCAUAAAAAAUACUAGAGAAACUAAACCAAAAUGUUUGCCUAAGUUAUUGCGUCAGUCUCUUUAUUUAGUUUUUAGUUCACCCUACGCUCCCGAGCUUCAAAUCGAAGUCAAGGCAAAUCGAUGUCAAUAAAAGUCAACUGAAAUGGGUGGGGACCCGCUAAAAAAAACCCACUGAAAAAAAACACAAA